AUGGCCAAUCAAUUUGAGUAGAAAUUAAAGAACGAUUUCAACAUAGACCUAGAUAAGCUUGAGUAAGCUUGCUCUAUUCUACCUCAGAACUAUUCAUUUGAGAUUCAUAAAACAAUUAGUCGAAUUUUGGAAGUGAAGAAAACAUCUACAAAGGACAGAUUAAAAGUAUCUCUCUAAUUUCCAGAGGGAUUACUUUUGUUCGCAACCCUUAUAGCAGAUAUCAUUACAAAGUUUUGCAAAAGCCCUGAGAAGGAUGAUAUGGAAUGCUUAAUACUUGGCGAUGUUACCUACGGUGCUUGCUGUGUAGAUGAUUUAGCAUCAAAAGCAUUAGAUUGUGAUUUUAUUGUUCAUUAUGGCCAUAGUUGUCUUGUACCGAUAUAAGAUCUAAGCAUUAAGAAUGCUCUUUAUGUAUUUGUUGAAAUUCAAAUUGACAUUGAUCACUUUAUUCAAACUAUAGCCUUCAACUUUAAACCUGACUAAUCGAUCUACUUAAUGGGAACAAUUUAGUUCAAUAAAAUCAUUUUCAUUGCUAAGACAGUACUUGAGAAGGAGCCCAAUAACUACAAAAAUAUCAAAAUACCCUAAACUAAGCCAAGAUCUGGAGGAGAGGUGCUAGGUUGUACUUCACCUGCAUUACCACAGUAGGGUGAAAAUCUCAGUGAAUCAGUAAUCUUUAUUAGUGAUGGCAGAUUUCAUAUAGAGAGUACUAUGAUAAAAAAUCCUCAUUUAAAGUUUUUCUAAUACAACCCUUAUUCAAAAUAAAUGACAGAGGAAGUUUAUGUUCAUGAGGAGAUGCAUAGAAUUAGAAGAGCUGAAGUUGAGAAAGCUAAAAAAGCAAGUAUGUUUGGCAUUGUAUUUGGAACACUUGGAAGAUAGGGAAAUCAAGGACUGCUGAAAGACAUGGAAGAACUGUUAAGGAACAAUGGCAAGAAAUUCUUCGUCCUUUUCCUGUCAGAGAUUUCAGUUGAUAAAUUAAAGAAAUUCAAAAAUGUCGAGGCUUGGAUUUAAAUUGCUUGUCCAAGACUAUCAGUAGACUGGGGUCAUCAUUACGACAAACCACUUCUAAACACUUAUGAAGCUCAUACUGCAAUGAAUGAAAUAGAAUGGCAGAAUAUCUACCCAAUGGAUUAUUAUAGCUAUGAAGGAGGAUAAUGGAGUAAUUAUUUUAAACAAGAGUAAGAGAGAAAAUAAAGAGUAGCUGAAAGGAAAAAUAAGGGCUAAGUCAAAAUAGAAUAUGAAAUAGAACAGUAGUCUUGA